AUGGGCGGCUCUUUCGCUCAAUCGGCCGUACUUCUUGACAUGUACGGCCUGCGAAAGCGGGCUGCAAAUAUCAACGUCGACAGAAAUCAUGUAAAAAAACAUACCAAAGGUGAAAUAUCAUUCGAGAAGCAAGGGACCCGGCCGACCGGCUCAGACUCACCAGAGUUUCAAGAAUUCUGGCUGCCUAUUCAACAGCUACGCGGCACUGUUAGCAUCACUAGCAAGAACAGUCUCCGAUUUGACAAGAUACGCAUAGGCCUUGAAGGCACAUCUCCAGUAUUCAUCCAACGUACUUCUUUUCCGGACUCGAGGGUGAACGUCCAAAGUCCACUUGAGGAAGGUCAUGAUGUCUUCUUUGGCGCCACGCACAAGGAAGCUGAGCCUAUCUUCUCUAUUGUCCUGAAAUGCCCUGGCCACUUCUAUGGCUGGACGGUCGUUCCGGAUCGCGUCGAUGAAUCGUUGCAAUUUCUGGGAAGAUCUGUACUUGAUGCUUUGAAGCAGAGAGCCCAGAAUGAGUUAUAG